GGCUUACGGAUUGUGGAAACACACUAAAAACAAUAAUAAUCUCAGUACUUUUGUUAACAUAAAAAAAUUCUCAUUAUUUUAUUUACAUUUUGUUUACUACUUUAGUUUGAUUUUUCGUUGAAGAAGAAAAAUAUAAAGUUUGAUUUUUGACAUACUAUUUGGUAAGAAAGGAAAAAAGGAAAACAUUAAAUAUUCGUUGAAAAAGGUUUAAAGAAAUCCGUUGAAAAUAAAGGAAAAUUACAUAAAUUCCAAAUCGGUGGAUGGUCAAAAAAAUGUCAAAAUCAGUGUGAAUUGGAGAGAGAGAGAGAACACAGGAAUUGGGAAGUUUCGUCUUUGAGCAAAACUAUCCAAAAGCUAAAUUUGGAUUGAGCAACAAGCUUUUAGUAUAAAUCCCUGAUCACACAUCACAAAUGCGGAGAUUCGUGAUUGGUCAAGCUAAAAAUCUCAUAGAUCAGAGUCGUCGUCGCCAACAUAUUCAUCACAAAAAUCUCAGCUUUCUCUCUCUUCUUCCUCCUUUUUCUGCUCCUUCCGAUUCUUCAUCGCGCCACUUGUCUUCUUCUUCUUCGGAGAUGUCUGCUUCUGAUUCCUCUUCCUCUCUUCCCGUUACUCUUGACUCCAUCAAUCCCAAGGUUAUCAAAUGUGAGUAUGCUGUCCGUGGAGAAAUUGUCAACAUUGCUCAGAGGUUGCAAGAAGAUUUGAAGACUAACAAGGAUGCUUAUCCCUUUGAUGAGAUAAUCUACUGUAAUAUCGGGAAUCCUCAAUCUCUUGGUCAACAGCCUAUAACAUUCUUCAGAGAGGUUCUUGCUUUAUGUUCCCACACUGCCCUGUUGGACGAGAGUGCAACACACGGUUUGUUCAGCUCUGAUUCAAUUGAACGUGCUUGGAAGAUUCUGGACCAAAUUCCCGGGAAAGCGACUGGUGCUUACAGCCACAGCCAGGGUAUCAAGGGGUUACGUGAUGCAAUUGCUGCUGGAAUCGAAGCCCGUGAUGGUUUCCCUGCUGAUCCUAAUGAUAUAUUCAUGACAGAUGGUGCAAGCCCAGGGGUUCAUAUGAUGAUGCAACUUCUCAUAACUUCAGAGAAAGAUGGAAUCCUUUGCCCUAUUCCUCAGUACCCAUUGUACUCAGCUUCAAUUGCCCUUCACGGUGGAACUUUGGUUCCGUACUACCUUGAUGAAGCAUCAGGAUGGGGUCUUGAAAUAUCUGAGCUGAAGAAGCAACUUGAAGAUGCUAGGUCAAAGGGGAUCACUGUGAGAGCUUUGGCAGUCAUUAACCCUGGAAACCCGACAGGGCAGGUUCUUGCGGAAGAAAACCAGCGUGACAUUGUUGAUUUCUGCAAGCAAGAGGGUUUAGUUCUUUUAGCAGACGAGGUUUAUCAAGAAAAUGUGUAUGUCCCUGACAAAAAGUUCCAUUCCUUCAAGAAAGUAGCCCGCUCUAUGGGCUACGGUGAGAAGGAUCUUGCCUUAGUCUCUUUCCAAUCAGUCUCCAAAGGGUACUAUGGAGAGUGUGGGAAAAGAGGUGGCUACAUGGAGGUUACUGGAUUCACUUCUGAUGUAAGAGAGCAGAUAUACAAAAUGGCUUCUGUGAAUCUUUGUUCCAACAUCUCUGGUCAAAUUCUUGCUAGCCUCAUCAUGAGCCCACCCAAGCCUGGUGACGACUCCUACGAAUCAUACAUAGCAGAGAAGGAUGGAAUUCUCUCAUCUUUAGCAAGACGUGCGAAGACUCUUGAAGAGGCACUGAACAAGCUAGAGGGUGUUACAUGCAAUAGAGCGGAAGGAGCUAUGUAUCUAUUCCCCUGCCUUCACCUUCCACAAAAGGCGAUUGCAGCUGCAGAGGCGGAAAAGACAGCACCAGACAAUUUCUACUGCAAACGCCUUCUAAAAGCUACUGGAAUAGUCGUAGUCCCUGGUUCUGGCUUUAGACAGGUACCUGGAACAUGGCAUUUCAGGUGCACUAUACUUCCCCAAGAGGAUAAGAUUCCAGCGAUUGUUGAUCGUCUAACUGCGUUCCACAAGAGCUUCAUGGACGAGUUCCGCGACUAAACAUUGUGUUUUCAAGAUCUCUCUAUAUAGAUAUGAGUAAUAAUGUCCCAUGCCGUUUCUUUUUCAUCGACUUUGUGUUUACAGAAGCUAAGAUGUGAGAGCAUUAGUUAGUGCUCUCUUUCUUAUUCACCUUUUGUUCUGCUCUUUUUAUAGUGAAAACCCAUACAUUAUAUAAAUUGAGAGAGUUUUUUAUAAACGGUUGGUCAAAA